GACUUUCAUACUUAAUUCGCUGCGACAUUCCUGCUAUAUUCGCCUCCUCAACCUCCUUCCUCGCUUUUCUUCUCCUCACACCCUUUAUCUUCGACUCUCUCCCCAAGCUCUCCAGACUCUCUAACCCGCCAAGUCCCAAACGCCGUCUUGUGUCUUUCUGUAUACAUUCAGCCAUAUCCUGCUUUACCAUCUAUCUGUCUCCUUCUCACCUUCUACCUAUCACCCCGUCGAUCUCUCGCCGCGGUCACAUACCUUAUCGCGGCCCACACCCCCCCGUGACACUUCACGCCGCGGCAAACAUUCGUCCUGCAGCGACCAUGGCACCCGGCAGUGGACGCGACUUUAAUUGCACUUGGCCAGGCUGCAAUAAGUCCUUCAACCGCAAAUCCGAUCUCUGCAGGCACUACCGCAUCCACACCAACGAGCGACCUUACCACUGCAAUCAUGAAGACUGCAAGAAGAGUUUCAUCCAGCGGAGUGCCCUGACAGUACAUGUGCGGACGCAUACUGGCGAGAAACCCCAUUCGUGCGACCACGAAGGAUGCGGCAAAGCUUUCUCGGAUUCAUCGAGUCUGGCCCGUCAUCGAAGGAUCCACACCGGAAAGCGCCCCUAUAUCUGCCAAGAGCCUACCUGUGAACGGAGCUUCUGCCGCAAGACUACAUUGACUAAACACCAUGAGAAAACACAUGGCGCGGCCGCGAGCCGCACGUCGUCAGAGGACCCUGCUUCUGACCAGGAGUAUCACCCACCAGUCGCCAUCUCUGUGCCGCAUGAACCACAGUACAUUCUUCCACAGGCACACUUCGGCUUCACCACCACGCUACCGCCGCACCACAAUUACUACCCGCACCAGAAUGUACAGAUCACGUCCGUGCCCAUCCAUGAGCAGUCCCCGGUGGUGGCGCCCAGCGUGCCGGUCACGUUGUCGGCUGACAUUCCUCAUGUACAGCAGCCAUACAUGCACUACGUCCAGCACCACCCACACGCGCAACAGCAGCAACAGCAGCGUUACGAUUACCCACGACAUGGAUACAUCCAAGCAGAGUUCCAGCAGCCCUACAGUCAGGCCCCAGUCGUUGAGUCUGCCCCUGUGAUGGGAACUUUCCACACGUCACACAAUUCCGAGUACAAGCACACUCGGUUUCUGAGCCAGCCUGAAGGCACUGACUGGGGGUUCCUCGGCGUUGGCUGAGAGGAUGUUGCUCACAUGAUAUCUAGCCAUUCACUGGCUGAUGUGAAUGCUCGUUUCUUGGAUUAGCCGGUGCAUCAUUUUGUUUCCGACAAAGUCGAUGGUCCUGAGGUCCGACUGU